AUGGAGAAGUAUGAGGUUGUGCCCAGCUCUGGAUUGCCUUUGGUAAGAGCUUUGAACAACAACAAGAUCUUCUGUUGUAGGACAGUCAGUGUGACAGGUGAUAAUCAAGAAUUCUGGGAACUGAGGAAUGAGAUUCGGAUCUUGACACUUCUCAAGGGCACUCCUGGGGUGAUGGAAUUGAUGGAAGUUGUAAGAGAACCCACACGCUGGCACUUGAUAAUGGAACCUUGUGAGGAUCAUUUGUAUGAGCGUCUUAAAUCCCAGGGAAAAAUGGGCGAGAGAGAAGCUGCCCUUUUAGUUCACAGAAUGGCGGGGGUAUUACACCGUAUGCACUUCCUUGGGAUUUUUAGGUACAAUGAGAUUCUUGUCAAGGGAGAAGACUUGGAUGAUGUGAGAUUCUCUGGUUUUGAUGAUAGCAUUGUGUUAAGGCGUAAUUAUCGAGAAGAAAUUACUGUAGAUAUUAGAUGGUUGGGGUAUGUUUUAAUUCUUCUAUUGACGAACAUCUGGUUAGAGGACCAGCCACGUUCUUUUAACUGGCGGAUUAUGGUUCCACCAGGGGCAGCAAAACUGAUCCAAAGCAUGUUAGAUGAUCGUCAUUUAACAGCAGCACAAGUGAAGAAUCAUCCAUGGGUGCUAAAGUACGUGGAAAAGGAAACUUUGGUGGCUUCUUCUCUCUCCCAGGUGUCUUUGCCACCUUUCCUCCGGCCUUUCUCUCAGUCUUCAUCCACGUCUUCUACUAUCAAUCUCUCUAUCCUGCGAGUGUUCACUUUUCGUUACUUCCACGUUGGUCACGUCCAAAUGCGUGCGAAUGUCCUUCAAACAAAAAAAUCACUCAUUCGAGAACAUGAAACGAUGAUAAACGAACGAGAAACAGGUCUUCUUAUAACCUGCUCUGGAUCGAGGGGCCCGAGUGAAUUUAGGUUAGGAAAAAUCUGA